AAUGCUAUAAACAUUGGGGUGCAUGUGCCCCUUUGAGUCAGCAUUUUUGUAUCCUUUUAAUAAAUACCUAGUAGUGCAAUUGCUGGGCUGUAGGGAAGUUCUGUGUUUAAUUGUUUGAGGCACUUCCAUACUGUUUUCCAGAGUGGCUGCACCAGUUUGCCUUCCUACCAGCAGUGCAAAAGCGUUCCCCUUUCUCUACAUCCUCACCAACAUCUGUUGUGUGUGUUGUUAAUUUUAGCCAUUCUGACAGGUGUGAGGUUUUGAUUUGUGAUUUUUUUUUGAUUUGUGGCUUUUCAUUGUGGUUUUGAUUUGUAUUUCCCUAUGAUGAGUGAUGCUAGGCAUCUUUUCAUGUGUCUGUUAGCCAUCUGGAUGUCUUCUUUGGAAGUGUUUAUUCAUGUCUUCUGCCCAUUUCUUCACAGGAUUGUUUUUUGGAUACUGAGUUUGAUAAGUUCUUUAUAGAUUUUGGAUAUUAACCCUUUAUCCAGUAUGCCAUUUGCAAAUAUCUUCUCCCUUUCCGUCAGUUGCCUUUCAGCUUUGUUGAUAGCUUCACUGUGCAGAAGCUUUUUAUCUUCGUAAGAUUCCAAUAGUUCAUUUUUGCUUGUUUCCCUUGCCUACAGAGACCUGUCUAGUAAGUUGCCAUAGCUGAGGGCACAGAGUUUGCUGCCUGUUUUCUCCUGUAGGAUUUUGAUGGUUUCCUGUCUUACAUUUAGGUCUUUAAUCCAUUUUGCAUUUAUUUUUUGUGUAUCCCAUUUAUAAGUUACCCAUUUACAAUUGCACCAAAACCCAUAAGAUACCUAGGAAUAAACCUAACCAAAGAGGUGAAAGAUCUAUAUGAAACCUGUAGAACACUUCUGAAAGAAACUGAAGAAGACUCAAAGAAAUGAAAAAACAUUUAAUGCCCAUGUAUUGGAAGAACAUGUACUGUAUUGUUAAAAUGUCUAUACUGCCCAACACCAUUCAAUGCAAUUCCUGUCAAAACAAUAGCAGCAUUCUUCACAGAGCUAGAAAAACAAUUCUAAAAUUUGUAUGGAACCACAAAAGACCCCAAAUAGCCAAAGUAAUGUUGAAAAAGAAAAAAGAGAGAGAAAAGGAAAUGAAAAAAAAUAAAUAAGAAACUAUUACCUUGAUUCCAAAACAAAAAAAGAAGAAAGAAAAAUAUUAAGCCUGGCCCUGUUUCCACCAGAACUGCAGUUGUCAUUUUGAAGCAUUCAAUUUUCAGUAUACUUGGUGCAUCCUGGCUGUGCUGUUCUUCUAGAGGAGAGCCUGAGCCACUGCCUUGGUUCAGAGUUAGUCUUGCCUGAGUAAAUAAGCAGUUGCCAGGCACAGGGGGGGCGAGGUUUGUUGUAGGUAGGGCCUGCCUCCACUGGAGGCUGCUGUGUUGCUCUCCGAAGUCAUACUGUGUUGGUAUGUGGGGAAAAUGGCACUACCCCAAUCCUUCAUCGCUGGACAGAUGAUUGCACAGCCCACACUGGUCAGGCAACCCUCACAGAACAGUGAGUGAGGGCAGUCAGCUUGCCCUGUACCACAACUCUCCUGCAUCUUUUCUUUGGGAGUUCAAACUUAUGCAGCUGGGAUUCAAAACUUGAAGUCUUAAAGGACAUGCAACCAUGCUGACCCAUGCCCUCCUCUGGAGUAGUGCCCCUCUACUCUGUCUAAACUCUUUUGUCUCUGAAAAACAGUCCCAGGCCUGCACAGUGUGUGGAAUCUAUGGUGUAGCACCACUAAAAGCAGCAAAGGUUAUUCUCUCUGGGUGCAUCUCUGUCCCCUGCUGAUUAAAGACCUUUUGCUGGCACCUGCAGGGUCUUUUGUCCUUGGGGAGGCAAUGUACCCUCUUACAAAAGUACUCUAGGAAGGAGAAUGUUCUCUAUCAGUAUGCCCCUGAGAUCCCUACACCAUGCUAUGCACUCCAGCACCAGUGUCCUUCUUCUCCCCAGUAGCUCAUGCCACAGCUCCACUCUGGAGUAAGUUGCACACUUCCAAAACCUCAGAGUUUAAGCUCCAAACACCGUUUGCAAGAAAACCUGCUACACUCAGUACUUCUUAUUCCCCGGCCCAUGGUCCAGAGAGGCUUUUCUCCUGUGCAAAUGAGUGCCACACUCUCUCAUCCCCUCUCUUUUUCUUGCCCUUUUGUCUCUCCACAGAAAGGGUUCCCUCCCCUCCAUGGCACCACUGUUUUUGUCUCACCCAGUUCACUUCUUGUACCUUGCACCUGCCUCGCUGUCUCCCUCCAACAAUGGAGAUCGUUUUGCCACUCCAGAUUAAUUUCCUAGGUGUUUCAGAAAGUGAUCUGAUCUCAGUACAGCUGUGUUUGAGGGACUAGGAAAGCCCAGGGUCGAUCUACUUCUCCACCAUUUUAAUUUCCGAACUUCAUACUUUUUUUUUUUAGUUUUAUCAGUAUAUAACAACAUACCAUAAAAUCUAUCUACUGUGGAUAUACAUUUCACCAGUUUUAGUAAAUGUGUAGUUGUGCAACUACAAUCCAGUUUUAGAACAUUUCCAUUACCCCAAAAGUUUCCCUCAAGCCCAUUUGCAGUCAGUGCCUGCUCCCACCCCAGCUCCAGACAGCUGCUAAUCUGUUUGCUCUAUUUAUAAAAUUGCCUUUCUUGGAUAUUUCAUAUAAAUGAGUUCACAAGGUAUAUAAUUUUUGUGUGCUUCUUUCAUGAUGUUUUGAAGUUUCAUCCAUGUUGUAGCAUGUGUUCAUCUUCUAUUUUAAUUGCUAAAUAGUAUUCAUUGUAUGGAUAAGCCACAUUUUACUUAUGCACCAGUGGAUGACAUUUGGAUUGUUGCGAGUUUUUGGUUAGUAUGAAUAGUUCACUAUUGUGAACUUUCACUAUAUGAACAUUCUUAUAUAGUUAUAUAUUCUUAUAACACUAUGUGAACAUUCUUAUAGAAGCUGUGUGUGAACAUAAGUCUUCACUCUUUUUGGACACAUUUCUAGGAGUGGAAUUGCUGGGUUAUAUGACAGAUGUGCAUUAUUCAAUACUGUCACUUCUUCUGUGUCUGUCUGAUUCUCCUUCAAACAGCAAUUAUGUGGAAACACCAAGAGAUAAAGAAGUGGAAAAGAAAGAUGAUUUUGACUGGGGAAAAUACUUGAUGGAAGGUGAAGAAAUUGCCCUUGGUCCGAAUGUAGACACACCAAACUGGUCUGAAGAAAGUGAAGACGAAGAUGAUCAACAGCCCUUAAGUAGAGAAGACUCUGGGAUUCAAGUGGACAGGACACCAUUAGAAGAACAAGAUCAAAACAGAAAAUUGGGGCCUCGUGUCAGCUGGAAAGGUGGAACACCUACGUCUUCCAGUCUUGAAGGUGUGGCCAUGUAUAGGAACAUCCCCUGCAUAGACUGUAUGUCUGGAAACGUAGGCUGGCUGGCUGGAGAUAUAGCAGUAGAUGAGCCAAAUGGCCGAAGCUGGCUGGAGCAGCAUGUUGUUCAUCAGUACUGGACAGCCAGAUCCUCAAGGUUUCCUCAUAGUUUACAUUUGCACUCCAAUUUAGCCUCUGUCUGGGACCAACACUUGUAUAGCAGUGACCCAUUAUAUGUUCCUGAUGACAGAGUUUUUGUUACUGAGACACAGGUUAUUCGGGAAACCUUAUGGUUACUUUCAGGGGUAAAAAAGCUCUUUAUAUAUCAGUUGAUAGAUGGGAAGGUAACUGUGAGAAACAGUAUUAUAGUAACUCAUUUGACACAUAGCUGUUUACGAUCAGUGCUAGAACAAAUAGCAGCAUAUGGCCAAGUUGUGUUUCGACUCCAGGAAUUCAUCGAUGAAGUCAUGGGGCACAGCUCCGAAAGCAUGUUACCUGGAAAUGGUUCUCUUCCCAAGAAGUUGACUGAAGCUCCCUUUAGGACAUACCAGGCUUUCAUGUGGGCCCUGUACAAAUACUUUAUUAGUUUCAAAAAGGAACUUACAGACAUUGAGAAGUACAUCAUCAAUAAUGACACUACAAUAACUCUUGCAAUAGUGGUGGACAAGUUGUCACCUCGACUGGCUCAGCUCAAAGUUCUCCACAAAGUAUUUAGUACUGGAGUAGCAGAAGUUCCACCUGACACUCGAAAUGUUGUUCGGGCAUCUCAUCUGCUCAACACACUGUACAAGGCCAUUCUUGAAUAUGACAUUGUUGGAGAAGCCUCUGAGCAAACUGUCUCCCUGCUGUUCUCUCUCUGGGUGGAAACAGUAAGACCCUACCUGCAGAUUGUGGACGAGUGGAUCGUGCAUGGGCACCUAUGUGACUGCGCUAGGGAGUUCAUCAUCCAGAGAAACAAAAAUGUUCCAGUAAAUCACAGAGACUUUUGGUAUGCAACUUACACACUAUACAGCGUAUCGGAAAAGACAGAAAAUGAAGAAAAAAUGAGUGAUAAUGCUAGUGCAAGUUCUGGCAGUGACCAGGGGCCCUCCAGCAGGCAGCAUACCAUGGUGUCCUUCCUCAAACCUGUCCUUAAGCAGAUAAUUAUGGCUGGCAAGUCAAUGCAGCUGCUGAAGAACCUGCAAUGUGCAAAGAGCACCACGUGCCAGGACACAGCCAGAGAUGCAGAGAGAAAAAGCUUGUAUACCCUGUUUCUGGAAUCUGUACAGUCGCGUCUUCGACAUGGAGAAGAUUCCACUGCACAGGUCCUCACUGAGCAGCAGGCUACCAAAGAGAACCUAAUUAAGAUGCAGUCCAUUGCUGAAAGGCAUCUUGAACUGGAUGAUGUCCACGAUCCCCUGCUGGCAAUUAACUUUGCAAGGUUGUAUUUGGAACAGAGUGACUUUCAUGAGAAGUUUGCUGGUGAAGAUAUAUGUGUGGAUAGAUCAUCAGAAUCUGUGACAUGCCAGACUUUUGAGUUAACACUGAGAUCUUGCCUGUAUCCUCAUAUUGAUAAGCAGUAUCUCGAGUGCUGUGGAAACCUCAUGCAAACUCUGAAAAAAGACUACAGAUUGGUUGAGUACUUGCAGGCCAUGAGAAAUUUUUUCUUAAUGGAAGGUGGAGAUACCAUGUAUGACUUCUACACAUCAAUUUUUGAUAAAAUAAGAGAAAAGGAAACCUGGCAGAAUGUGUCUUUUCUUAAUGUUCAGCUUCAGGAAGCAGUAGGACAACGUUAUCCUGAAGAUAGUUCACGUCUGUCUAUAUCUUAUGAAAAUGUUGACACAACUAAGAAGAAACUCCCUGUUCAUAUCUUAGAUGGUCUAACCUUGAGCUACAAGAUCCCAUGGCCUGUGGAUAUUGUUAUAAGUUUGGAAUGUCAGAAAAUUUAUAAUCAGGUGUUCCUUCUCUUAUUGCAGAUAAAAUGGGCAAAAUAUAGUCUGGAUGUUUUACUAUUUGGUGAGCUAACUAGUACUGCUGGAAAACCACAGUUCAGAGAAGGACUUUUAUGUGAAGAAGACACAACUGUUCAAUUUGGACCACAGAAGGAAACAGUAAGACAACAGAUUCAUCGUAUGUUCCUCUUGAGAGUGAAGCUCAUGCACUUUGUGAACAGCUUACACAACUACAUCAUGACCAGGAUUCUUCACAGUACAGGACUAGAGUUUCAACAUCAAGUCGAGGAAGCCAAGGAUUUAGAUCAGUUGAUUAAAAUUCACUAUAGAUAUUUGUCCACCAUCCAUGAUCGAUGCUUGCUGAGAGAAAAGGUCAGUUUUGUGAAAGAAGCCAUCAUGAAGGUACUGAAUUUGGCUCUCAUGUUUGCGGAUGGUUGGCAAGCAGGCUUAGGGGCAUGGCAGAUGGAAUCUAUAGAGAAAAUGGAGUCUGAUUUUAAAAACUGCCAUAUGUUUAUUGUAACCAUUUUAAACAAAGCUGUCUGUAGAGGAUCCUUUCCCCAUCUGGAAUCUCUAGCACUGUCACUCAUGGCUGGCAUGGAACAAAGUUAAAUAUCUUUAUUGUAUUAUAUACCUCAGAUUUGAUCUUCAUACAUAUAAUUCCACUAUAUGCAGCUGAGGAGUGGAAAUCUCUAUUUUGAUUUAUUUUGAAAACUGUUGUCUACUGUCUAAACAAGUACAUUUGUAGGUAUUUUCUUUGGA